AUGUCUACGAGUGCUGAAGAUUUAGAAGAAUUUGUUUGUAAUGAAGUUGCUUCACUCUGUGAUGCUGAUCCUAAAGUGCUGGCUCAGUAUAUCAUUGCACUCAUUGGCAAUGGUGAACGAAACGAUGCUCUAAGAGCUUCCUUGGAAGACAAACUCAAGGAAUUCUUUGAUGAUCAAACGACACCUUUCAUUGACCGUUUAUUUAAAAAAUUUAAUGAUAUUGAUAGCAACAGUAAGCCAUCCAAAGAAAGCUCCGAUCGUUUCAACGCUUAUUCUGACGAGGAAGACGACGAUGGUGACCGUAACUUCAAGCAUAGACGCCAACGAUCUGAAUCUCGAGACAGAACGGACAUGCCUGAACAGAUGAAACGUCGUUAUCCCGAUGACAACGCACAGCCUUCUGCCAAAUAUUUCCGUAGCAAUAACAGUGAUGAUAGGAGAAAUCCUUAUAAUAUACCAUCUGGUAACUAUUCAUCCUAUGACAGAGGAAGAGGUCGAGGCGGUAGCCGUGGAAACAUUGGAUCUAAUCGACCCAUGUCAAAACCUCCGAUGUGUCGCGACUAUAUUGAAAAAGGAUACUGCAUGAAGGGUGAUAUGUGUCCUUAUGAUCACGGCAGAGAUCGAAUUAUCGUGGAGGACGCGGCCAAGACUAACUAUAUGCCUAACCUUCCUAGUGGAGCUCCUGUACCUGCCAACCGAGGCAUACCCAAUCAGCAAUUCGUUGGUAGUGCGAAUGACGCGUAUGAUCCAGAACGGGCCUCUUUGCUGCCAACCAACAAUAUGGUACCUGGUCUUGGACAUCGUAGAGGUGGUAGCCGUGGCGGACGUGGCGGACGUGGAGGUUAUCGUCACCAGAACGUGAACCCUACGAAUACAACCUUGACAGUCGAAAAGAUUCCACCAGAAUUUUGUCAGAUUGCUACUGUUAAUGAGUUCUUCUCAAAAUUUGGUACCAUUACUAAUAUUAGCGUACAACCUCAUGCUCAGAAAGCAAUCAUCCAGUAUAGUACUCGAGCUGAAGCAGAGAGAGCAUAUACUUGUCCUGAUGCUGUUUUUGAUAAUCGAUUUGUCAAGGUUUAUUGGAAUAAGGAAGAAAGUGUCCCUGCAGCUGGUACCAAUGCUCCUACAGCUGUCAAGGAGCCACAGCUACAGAAGCCAAAGACAAGUGAGCCUGACCCAGAGGUUGUUGCUGCUCGUGCUGCAGAACUUGCAAAAAUAAGAGAAGAAAAACAAAAGAAGCACCAAGAACAUAUGAAGGCUAUUUUAGAGCUUCAAAAGAAGAGAGAACAGCAGUUGGAACAGCAAAUUGCAGAACAGAAACGAUUGCUGGAAAAGUUAUCUGGCAACCCCAACAUGAGUAUAGAGGAAAAAGCCGAGAUUCUGAAACAGCUCAAGAGUGUUCAAUCUGCCAUUGAAGAUAGUCAAAAACCGAUAUCUGCUAGCACUGCUACUGCCCCAGUCGAAGCGACAACGACAACAACGACAACAGAUGGAAAGGAUGCUACAUCAGCGGAACUCAAGAAAAAACUCGAGCUAUUAGAAGCAGAGGCUGCUAUGCUAGGUGUCAAUACCAGCCAAGCUUAUCCUGGCCGUGGCGGCUUUUAUGGUAGAGGUCGAGGCAGUUGGCCCCGUGCAAGAGGUGGUUUUUCUAGAAUGACACUAGAUAAUCGACCUACAAAGAUCAUAGUUAAAGAUAUCCCUCAAGAUGCUACUGAGGAAGAAUUGCGUCAACAUUUUGAACAAUAUGGUGCAGUUACCUUGUUUGAAAAGAAAGAGUCUGAAUUAGUUGUUCAAUAUGCACAGAGAUUUGUAGCCGAGAAAGCAAUGUCAUUUGGGCCCAAUUUUACAAAGGGCAAACUCCAACUUGCUUGGUCUACUGAACCAAAAAGUGAAACCAACACUACACCGAAUACUCCUAAUAAUACACCAAAUCCUGCUGCUACAGAAGCAUCCUCAUGA